AUGGCACGCACCAAAGGCGCCAGAACAAGGCAAUUCAAAGACCACGCAAGCAACCCAUACACAGUCGUCCACUACGCCUCCACGCAGGACUCACCAAUCUGCAAGCUAAGCGUCCACCUGUACACACUAUCCAACCUGAAUCUUGAUCCCGGAUCUCUCGGCAGAAGUCUCCUCGAUUCGGAAACAUUUGUGUUCUCGCUCGAUGCAAUGGACUGGUCCCCGCGGGUGGACGUUUACGCACCGCAGCCAAGCAUCGAGGCUUGUAUUGAGCAUCACCGCAGGGAGAAAGAAUACCGAGCGCGUGCGAGAGAUGAGUUCCGCCGGAAAGUAGCAACCGAUGCUGCUUCUACAGCGGGUGAAGCUGGAGAUGGGGAUGGGGAUGCUGCGCAGCAGGCGCUCCUAAAUCUAGGUGGAAAGGAACCGCUGCCGCAUAUUGUGCCGACGUUGUGUGUUUCUGCAGCUUUCUGGGAUAGGCACCGCUGCAUGUUUCAGGAGCGGUAUCGCAGUUUUAUUUUGGUUGUUCCGGAGGAGUGUUUGACUUGGGAGGAAGUGGAGGAGAAGGGGCUGUGGCUUGUGAAGUUUGAUCAGGAUGUUUCGCCUGCUAUGGAGGUUGAUGCUGCUGAUGGGGCUGCUUCGAAAGAUGAGGCAGACUGGGUACAUGUGAAGAGUCGGAACUGGGGCCCGCCGGUUUCUAUUGAGAGGGUCUCUGUUGUGGAGGAUUCAGAGAUUGGCGAGGAUGAUGAAGCUGAGCCCAUGGCGAGUUUGCUGGACAAGUGGACUGGCCUUACUAGUGUAUUUAGUGAUUGCACUUGUCGGACUGUUCAUUGCGAGGGCUGCUAUAAGUCUAAUGGUAGGCCACAUGAGGACUGUGAGGUUGAAAGGAGUGAGCACUAUUUUGAUAGUGAUGGACAGUGCAUUGCAUGUCGACGAGAGUGGGAUAUCAGGAGACUUGCUGCUCUAGACAAUCAUUGGUAUCCAGAACCCUGUUUAGAGCUAGAAUAUGAGGGCCUGUUUACAUAA